AUGUCUCUUGAAGCCGCUCUGGAAGAGGAGCGUCUCGAAAUACUGAAGCUCCUCGAGAAGCCUGCCGGUAAAUCAUCGCAUCAACAUCCUACAGGUGCCCAUUCUACUCCUUCGUCGCCUCGUCUUCAUUUCGCCCCGCUUCUCCCCCCGCUAAAUAGCCGAACCUCUUCCCCUAGCCGCGCUCCCGUCCAUUCCCUCAUAGCCGCCGCACAGGAUCCUCCUUCCGGCCGAUCCUCAACCGACUCGGUGGGAGCACCAGGUCAACGAAGCUCGACCGGACAUCCUGCCUGGCCCAACUCCAAUGGCACACCUCAUCGAAAUUCCCUGCCCUCCAUGAAUGGUGCUCCUAGAUUGCUACGGGAUCGCGAUAAGCCUGGAAACCCUGGAAACCUCACCCCCAAUGAUGCCUUCAAUUUUGCCGUCCUCCCCUCGGCUCCCCCACCCGUCCCGAAGCGAGCCACUCAGGCUUGGAAUGACCCUGCCCCGCCCUCUUCGCUCCAUGGCGGCCUCGCUCUUCCGGGGAGGCGGUCGCUUUCACCGGCUUCGAACGCGGCAUUACGUCAUAUGCAGAGAUCUCCGUCCCCGCGACCCACUUCUGGGCGACUGGCCUCUCCUCCCCCCGUUGUCCGCAACCAGAUAUCUAACCAAAUAACCAACGAUGCCGGCGUUCCAGUUGACUUGGAGCAUGCCUAUGCCAAGCUCUCGGACGACGCGCUCGCGAGAUCGGGGGGUGUUUUGGGAAUGUUGCCGGAGCGUAGACCGGUUACGACUUUUGGAGGGGGACAUGUCCGCGCUGGCACUGGGGAGUCGUUGACGAGCGAAGGGGGCGUGAGGUUGCAGAAGGACUACGAUGAUGUCGAUGAACGUGCGGUGAUUGAUUCCUCCGAUGAAGACGAGACUAGUAGUGCCGAGGAAAGCGUUGGAUCGAAUUCACCUGUGAGCGAGGAAGAGGAGAGGAGGGGGAGGGCUGCUGCGCGGGGAAACGAUUCUGGGCCUAGCGGUGAAGAUGGCGCUAUGGGAAAGGAGGAGACGGUAGGGAAAGGCUCGGGUGUGAUCAGGAGUAUGAUCAGGAUUGUGGGUGAUUCCGGUGGAGGCGGAAAUAAAAAGAAGAAGAAGGGCGGCGGAAUAGACGCCAAGAAGGGUACGGUUAAUAUGCGGAGGACAAGCAUGAGCUUACUGGCUGCCGCGGAGGAAGAGCGUAUGUGUCCCUUUCCGUAUUUCGGGGGGUGGUUCUGACUUCUUUGAUAGGGAAGGCUGUGAGUGCUAGGUAUAGUGUUCGCUCCCUCCUGCCCUCGAUAUCGGUCACACCGUCGGGUGGCACCCCUGGAGCGGCAUCCCCUACAGCAAAUAGACGAUCGGGUGUGCAUCCUUCUACAAAUUUCGACCUACCGUCGCAUAAUUCUACUCCAAUGUCCUCCGACACAGAAGCGGAUGUCCGCGAUUUGCACCGCGCUCAACAGAUGGAGAUGAGCAUCUCUCCUAUUAUUUCUACGCCGGAGACUCAACGUGUUGUCAGGACAAUUCUGCGCGGGGAAUAUGAUUCGAUAGUCAAGGAGGCGGAGGAGAGCAAUAAGCGGGUGCGCAGCUAUCUUGUUGCCACGGAUUUGAGCGGCGAGGCUCAACAUGCCCUGGAGUGGACUAUUGGGACAGUUCUUAGAGACGGUGAUACUUUGAUGGCCAUAUACGCCAUCGAUCAGGAUACGGUGGAGGAUGGUGGCAAGAUUGUUUCGGAUGACGGGAUGCCGGGAGAAUUGAGCAGCCAAGCUGCUGCCGUGGGGACCAGCCUUUCGGCGAUGAGCAUGCCUCAUACACCCGGGACAGCGUCUCCAUUAUCCAACAUUGCCAUUGGGGAUAUUUCGGAGAGGAGCAGGGAGCGCACAAAGGCUGAGCGGGAGCGGUAUAUUGCCGCAGAGGCGGUCACUAGGCUGGUGGAAAAGCUUUUGAAGAGGACGAGGCUGCAAGUCCGGGUCACUGUAGAGGUGAUUCACUGCAAGAGCCCGAAGCAUCUCCUCACCGAAAUCGUGAGUUUGUAAUCUCUUUUUUGACGUACGAUUGUCUGACUAACGUGGCUUAGAUCGACUUCAUGGAGCCGACUCUAGUAGUCCUUGGUUCCCGUGGAAGAAGCGCACUAAAGGGGUAGGUGCUCUGGAUUACACUCCAUCCGCGCUGCUAGCACUGGCUCAUAAGCUAACCUGUUAUUUAGCGUCCUUCUGGGAUCCUUCUCGAAUUAUCUGGUCACUAAAUCCUCGGUCCCUGUCAUGGUUGCCCGGAAAAAACUGAAGCAUACCAAAAAGUUUGCCAAAACCAACGUUCGGCAACCCAAUAAUCUCACGACAAGCACUCAGACUGGCCGCCUCGCCGGCGCAAAAGUGGACUAACUAAUAUAACCAACUCGUUGGAGGGGUGAUGGUGGGGGUCCUGGUUGGGAACAUGGCGUAUUUCCAAUGAGGGUUUUUUUUCUUUCUUUUCCUUCCCUUUUUUUCUUUUUGGCUCCAUGUCGAUCAUCAUCACUAUAGAGGAUAAGUCAUAGGCUCUCACUCGUGUAAAUAAAAUUAUGCUAUUAACUGUAUU